AUGAGCAUCGAGGAAGACGCUUCUGUCCCAGCCGAGACCUCACACGCCGACUCUAUCGACGUCCUGUUGCAAGAUUCUACUACGGCAGACCCCUUGCGUGAAAGCAACAAUGACGAUUUCGUGUCGAAGCAGCUUGUGAAUGGCAUCUCUCGAGAAGAUCACCACGUCAACCUGGAAGAACAGCUUCAUGUUCAGACUCCGCUUUCGAACGACAAUCACCGUCCUAGUGAAGAGCAGCACUCAAUCUCUGAGCAGCAGUUGGCUAAGGAUCAGCACCCUGUCAAGGACAGUCAUCCUGACAAGGCACUUCAACUUUCAAAGACCAAGCAAGCAGGCGCUCCUGAGCGACAUGCUGAGAUUGCUCACGAUGCUCUGUCGUCCAAGGUACAUCGCAACGGGCAGCAUCAACCAAGUUCGGAAAGCACGAUGCCUUCUUCUCUUGUAAAUGCUCACCAAUCUCUCCAUGGAGUCACCAAUCGCUCUGGCUCGCCAAGGGUGACUAAAAGCAGAAGAAAGCCGUCACAACCUGGCCCAAUCCCACGGAACGCAAUGACCGAUCCCAAGCCCAUUCCCUCUUCAUACACGGCUGCACAGCUGUACCAGCUUGCUGAUCACCUAAAAGAGCAAGAGCGCUUUCAAGAGAAGCAAGACUGGAUGAAGGAUCUUGCAGCCAAACAGGCCGAGCUGGAGAAAGCCAACAAGCACAGGGCGAGCCUCCAGACUGAAUGCACACAGCUCAAAGCCCGGAUUCGAAAAUACUCUGGGGUAUCUGAACAUCUUGUGACUAUCGUGAAGGCUUACAAUGGAAUCGGCCACGAUAUCAGGAGCCUCNAAAAGAGCAGGGCCAAGUAUGACAACGAUCUCCGAGAGCUCAAAUCUCAGGUUUACGCCAAGUCGGAUGCAGCCACCCAAAGCUCAGAACAGAUUACAAAGCUCGAAAAAUGGAAGGCUGACAUUUUGGUUGCCAUCAAGGAGUCCAAGUCAUAUGUCACGACCCUGACCAAGGAGAAGUCUGAUCUCGAAAGACGUCUUCGUGAAACCUCCGAGUCACUCGUCAAAGAGAAGCAGCGUCACGAUGCUUUUGACAAACAUCUCCAGACCUACCAGACCGAGAGAAAGUCCACCGAGGAGAUGCUCAAAGGGUGUGUCAGCAAGAUCAGCGAUCACCUGAGCGUAUUCAAACCUUUCAUCGAGCAAGGCACUUCUUCGAGUGAAAAUUUCCGCAGGCUUUUCGAAUUGUUGGAGGAAGAGGGCGAAAGUAUAUCUGAACAGCUCCGUUCUUCUGGCACAAACAUGAAUGCGUUGAAGAUAUCGGUGGAACAGCUGUCCUCUGGGUAA